AUGGCAAUGAAUCAGCCCCUUUGGAUCCUCCUACUUGACAGCCCAUUCAGAAUAAUUACCAUAUCCGUUGCGGUGUCUGGCGAUGGCUUUCUGGCACGAGACAUAUGUAUAGAGAAUAGGGCUGGAGCAAAGAAACAUCAAGCAGUUGCCUUGAGAGUAAAUGCGGAUUUUGCAGCUUUGUACAAGUGCCAUAUUAAUGGUUACCAGGAUACAUUAAUGCCAAUGCCUAGCCAAUUCACAGUUAUCAUAGCACAGUCUCGUGACAGCCCAGAUGAGGACACUGGAAUUUCCAUCCAGAAUUGUUCAAUUUUUGCUACAAAUGAUUUGUACUCUAGUUCUAGCAAUUGGUCCAAUUAUAAUGAUGAUCAAGAAUUAAAAACUUUGUACUACGGAGAGUAUGACAAUAGUGGGCCCGACUCAUCAACUGAUGAUAGAGUUCAAUGGAAAGGGUAUCACAUAAUGGAUGUUGAUGUUGCAUAUAAUUUCACAGUGUCAGAGUUCAUCAAUAGUAAUGAAUGGUUGGAUUCCACUGCAUUUCCUUACGAUCAUGGGGUUUAA